AUGCCGCAUCUAUUUGGACCUUUUUUGACUUCCUCGUUUUCGUCAACUGUGGGCAGUGCAGAGGGUGCUUGUGGGCCCACAAUCUCCGAUUUGGGAACGUCUGUAACGGUUGACGAGCUCCCGUUCACGAUACUCUGGAAAGAUGAGGCGGCAAGUUUGGCUUGCUCUUGCUUUAAGAAGAGCUGUUCCAAAAAAGCCACAGUUGUUGACGCAAAGUGCCGGAGCUUGAGGCUGCUCACACCCGCUUUCAUUCUGCUCCAUUUUAGCUUUUCCUGCGAUGAAAACGUGCAUAAACACUUACUUGCACUCUGUCUAAAUUCCACAUUGCCUUCAUUCAACUUGAUUCCACCUCCCCAGUUUGAUCAAGAUACACGUUUGUAUAUCUAG